AUGUGUGUUACGCACUGCGAUAGAAGGGACUCAGUGUUUGUGGUUGAGGAGUUAAAUCCGUUUGAGAGUUGGUCUCAAGGUUUAUUUCGUGUUCGGUUGAGUGCGGGCACGUGUGACUGUGGCCUUUUUCAGUCACUUCAUUUUUUAUAUCGUCAUGCACUUGCUGCUUGUGCCACCACAAAUAUUGAGUGGGGCAUAUAUAUUCAUCCGGUGUACAUGCAAGAUGCUGCUGCGUUCAAGGUGUAUGAGGUAGAGUUCUCCCCUAAUACCAGACGAGAAGCUAUGGUCAGAGGGGUACAGAACACGGUUGCAUCUAAUCCUGCCAUGCGUAGGAAAGUAACUGGCAGACCGGUUUCUACGAGAUUUCGUAACAAGAUGGAUGAGGCUGAGUGCCAAGAGAAACAGUGUUUUAUAGGCAAAUCGAGCAUACUCGGAGAGCUGUCCCAAUCAACCACAGAGGAUACCUAG